AUGUUCUGCGGCACUUAUCGUCUUGGCAUGCCUCUGAAUGCAGAUUCAGAAGGGCUUUUAUUUAUAUUUUUAAUUGUUCUCCCUAUCUCGGCAAAAAUACACUUUGAAGAGCCCAAUUCAGAUAGAGGUCUUGUUGACUCUGAUGGUGACGUGGCCAUGACUGCUACCUCAGAGUUGGGGCAAUCAGGACCCUCUGUCGAGUUAGGCGUAAUGACGGUCGAUGAUGAGUUCAUUGACGUCGUUGGCGACGGUGAUUCCCUUACGACUAUAUAUCCCUCUACCAUCCCAGCGACUCCGGCGGCUGGAAUGUCUAUGAGACCUGGCGGGUCAACUUGGAAUACUUCGGCUGCAUGCGAGCCUAACGAUACAUCGACAAGCAACUCUACUUUAUCCAAUCACACUCCGCUUAACUGCUUCUGGCCGGCGUAUCCAAGUGGUCUUGCUCCUGCAACUAAGCAUGCAUCCGGUCCUGGAUCAGCCGGUAGCGCGCCCUGCACACCAUUAGCUCAGUUGUCGCUCUCUUCACCUGGCGCCACUGCUGCCGCGGCCUCAUUUAGCAUUUUAGAUGCAAGUCGUGGUCGGAGUUCUGCCGGAUCUUCACGGGGUCCUAGCUCCAUUCCUACCUCAGCUGCUGAAGGUUCAAGCACCAGCCUCGAGCUGGUAAGUGAUCCAACUCCUGCUUUCAGAACCUGGUUAUCCGGUGCUGACGUCUGGCUUGACAUCGAAGCGGCUCGUGUCCUUAGGCUAGCUGUAACCGACCGUCUUCGGCACGGACGCCAUUUUACCUUUGUUGAUGCCCAGAGACCAAAUUGCGCCGUUAGCCUGGUUCCUGCGGGACUUCCUGGCUCUGAGGUCUCGGCCAGCAGGCCGAUGUGUGCACAAGGCAACUGGCUUCAGAUUUACAUACCAGACGAUUUUCUUUCCCAAAUCGAGGCCGAUUUCGCCAAGUGCUUGCCAGAACCUAGUCACAUGGACAAUCUUGUUCUUCCCGUCGUUUUUCGUUGGCAUAAGCAUUGCCUCAGACUCUGUCUGGUCGACUCUCUUCCUUUUGAUCUGGAGGUGGCUGAAAAAAUUCCUACGAUACCUAUUCCCUCUUCUACUUCCAAUCUUUCUCAUCCUCCUCUUCUCUCAUCUUCAUCUCCCUCUACCAGUGUUUCCUGUCAGCCAUUUUCUUUCUGCGCUACCAAACCUGUCCAAUCCAAUGUUUCUCGGUUAUUGCCACCAAAUCAAGCAGGCGCAGGGAUAAGGGCGAUUCGGUGUCCUGAGACCAAUGCAAAUAGCGAUGGAAUUCCCGUAGCUAACAGCGCCAGUGAAAGUAUUAGAGGCAGCAACAGUCUCAUUUCAGGCUCUACUCCACAAAUUCCAAGAUUUCUCCCGGGCCACAUUCCUCCUCCUGCCGUCCUAGCCAGCUGGAUGGGUCAAAUGCAGACCGCUCCCUUGCCUAACCAGUCAGCCAUCGUCUGCUCUUCCACAACCCCCCUUUCUCAACCUGGCCCUGAUCACCAUCAUGCCCAUCCUCACUAUCCAUAUCAGCUCAUUCAGCCACAUGCCCAGCAGCAGCAGCAACAACAAACUGGAUCUCAGCCAGGCUUGACUUUGCUCGGCUCUGGUCCGGAAUCUAGCCUUUUAUCCAACCGCUUGCUUUCUCGCCUGCCCAAUCUUGAUUCAAAUAUUUCGGAAGCCUAUUCUCGGCCCUCUACUUUAGAUGCAUCCCUGACCACCUCGAAAGUACCCAGCGCACAUGGAAAUGAUUUCGUACAAUCUCGGCCUCAGGGCACACCACCCAAAAAUGUAUCCACCAAUGUCGGCUAUCCGCCUGCAGACCCUGCAGCUGCUUAUUCUGGUUUGCUUGCCGGAUUUUGGCAGAUGUUUAUGAUGAUGGCUAACACGAACUCAUCAAUGACAGAUAACCAACCAAUGGGGCUCUCAGGCACCUCUGGGCCACCGACAAAUGACAUGAACGCUGCAGCAGCCUGUGCAGAAGCGUUUAUACAUGGGCUUUACCCAACCAAUAAAACCAAUAUCUGA